GCGGAAGUGACAGCCAUACUUGACAACAAUAAACAAAAUGGCUGCGAUGGUGAGGUUGAUGCGACAAAUUGAUGGUGUUAUAGAAGAAUGCUAUAACCGAAAAAAUGAGGCUGAAGAGAACAGAGAAGCGGAAUAUGUGGCAGCUGUUAAAGUUCAAGCUUGGUUUAGAGGAACACGAUCACGGAGCUAUCUAAGUUUCCUCAACAAAUGUGCCACAGCUGUACAAAAAUCAUGGAGGGGCUACCUUGGACGUCAGUACUACCGGCUGCUUGUCAAGAACAGUGUGUUCAUCAUGAAGCUGAAUCAGUACAAUGCGAUGGCCACCAAGAUUCAGAAGGUGUGGCGAGGAUACUAUGUCAGGAAAUACAUCUUUAACUACUACAGCCGUAAACGGUACCUUGAGGCAUUGCAAGUGAAGAAUGAGAUUUUCAGAACGGAACUGGCUGAUUUCACUGAACGACAGGCUCAGAUCAGACGGAAAAUUGAAGAACAAGAACAACACAGACAACAAGCCCAGGCUGCCAGGAAGAAUCAUUAUCUUUUGAGUACCGAGGUGAUCCCUGGAAUCUACAAUUCCCCUUUCGAGCCGUAUCCAUCUGAGCAGGAACUCAUACUACGUAGUAUCAAACCUCUUGUCCACAAGAAGAAGAAAGAAAAGGGACACCUGUUUGAUCCAGCAUGGGCCAGUUAUAACCUGCCGCGACCAGAUACACUUCCUCCAUUACACCAGAAACCUCAAGGUCCAUUCCGUGAUCCUGAGGAUGUACAGAAACAGCGAUACAAGCCGUUCCAGCCCUCACUGAGAGUGGCCACCUCCUUCUACUCGCUGGAGGAUGCUCGCAAACAGAUGAAGGGCGAGGAGUGGGUCACCCGUUUGAACGAUGAUGUGUUCGUACCCUUUUCAAGACGACACACAUCUUAUAAACCACUGUUACACACCACCUCCAAGUUCGGCCACCUGCCGUAUGGCACCAAGUUCUUCAGGGAGGAGUUCUUGGACAAACAUGUCUCUAAUCAGAAUUUCAAGACUCUUGUACAACCGGUUCCAAUCUUUGACAAGCUCAAUGACACAUAUUCACAAGGCCAGGUAUAGCACGAACACUUGUAUGUGGAUAAACAAACCAAAUGUGAUAUUUACAAUUAUUGAAGUCAUAUGUAGAUACAAAUCAGCUUUAGAACAUGAAACCAGCCUAAUGCUGUUACGAAACACAUGUAUGUCAGCAAUUGUUUAAGGCUGUUGCAGUGUCCAGAUACUAUGAUAAAAUGUUUGAAUGUGUUAUCCAUUCAUGUAAUUGUAUAAAGCAUGUAAAUACUCUCACAUAUGUAGACAUGUCUGUAGUGAAGAUACAGGUGUGAGACUGCACAUAGUUUUUAGUGCAUGUCUUCUUACCAGAUUGAAUAUUUAGUCAGUAUAAACUGAUACCAUUGUGAUGUAAACGUUGUAAUCAAACAGUAUUAAUAUGUCUACAAUGUUGCCUGGCAUACUUUUGUUUGGUUAAUUUCUUGUUUGUUUUGAUAUGUAAGCGUAAUUCAUAGACCUAUCACAAAUUGAUUUUAAUUAAGCCACCUGAUUGCCCAUCAAAUUAGGCCUUAGUGUUUGUUGUUUGAUAUUCAAGUUAGAAGGUAGAAUUUUAUACAGAUGUCACGAUUUCACAAGGCUGGAUUUUGUUGAUUCUACUGAUAUCUGUGAAGCUGAUAGAUAAAUGCUUGUGAAUAUUGUAUAUCAUCAGUGACCAUGUUCGAGUUGUUUUUGUUCAUGAUUCCGUCCACAAGCUAUAAAUGCAAUAAACUUGGGAAUGAAACUUG